AUGCAUAUCUCAUUAAAAUGGGCUGCAUGCAGCCAACAGAUAGUGGAUUUUAAGGCUGGAAGGAAGUUUAGCCUGAAUAUUUUGAAGAAACUAAGAAGCCAAAAUAUAAGAGUUCCAGAUAAUUAUUCAAUCACUGAAAUAUUCAAUUUGAUUUUACAAGUGAAGUGCUCCAGGAUAUUGUAUCAUAUACAAACCAAACAUUGAAAGCAAAAGAAUAGCGGAAAACUUAGGGAAAGAGAUCAAUAUUAG